AUGUCCGCGGUCAACCCAGUCAAUCCGAAGCCGUUCAUUCAAGAGCUAACGGGCAAGCCGGUGUAUGUGCGUCUCAAGUGGGGUCUCGAGUACAAGGGUUUCCUUGUGAGCACGGACGGAUACAUGAACCUCCAGCUUGCAAAUACAGAGGAGUUCCAGGACGGGAAAUCGAACGGCGCACUGGGCGAGGUCUUCAUCAGGUGUAACAAUGUCCUGUAUAUUAUAAGUUUCUUCCUUCCAAUUCUGCAGCUUGGAUUUUAUAGCUAA